ACCUGAUAAAAGAAACCUAUUCACUACUAUUUUUUUAGUGAAUGUAAUAAAAAAUUAGUUUAUAGGAAAAUACCGAUCAGUUUAAAUGAUAAAACGUUUGGCAUUACUGAGUUUUGAACUCUGAAACCGGCUGGUACUUAUCCCGCCGAUAGACGUCUGGGUCUCGUCUGAUGAACGUUCGGCGCAUACGAAUUUUGUCUAAUAGCCACCCUGUCAAAUUUUAAUUCCUCGAUGAAAUAUCUUCCAGCGGGUUUUUGAUCCUGAUAGAAAUUUCGUUAUUUGUUGCCAAAUGCCUCGUUUCCAAGAUUGCUGUGAAUAGUGAACCGCAUUCGGAAAAGUGAAAAUUGAGUUCAUACUGCACGACCUACUUAUUUUCUAGGAAAGUAGUCCUUUGAUUCUAAUCGUCCAUUUUAUCACAGGGCUUGCCUGGGAAACUCAACGUGACUCAAUUCGAGAAAAGGAACAUUGCCGUGUGAUAUCUAAACAAUUGAAAGUUGUUAGGCUUUGACAGGUUUAGCAAAUAUGAGUAGAAAUCUAAUAAAUUAUUGCAAUUAAUGACAAUUCUCUAGUGCUAAGCAGUUAAUUUGCUGAUAAAACCAAUCGAGUUAUUCACUUAAUUAUUCAGUUGUGAUAAAUUCAUUGUGCACUAUACGUCUUGAGACAUGAGCCGCCCUGGACAGAGGAUCCAAGUACCAGAUGAUCUUCGUGAAGUAUUACUUGAAUUCACAAUAAGUUAUCUAUUAGAACAGCCAGGAGAUGUUGUUGAGUUUGCUGCUGAAUACUUCAGUAGACUGAGGGAGACCAGAACAACUGCUCUAUUGUACGAAGGAGCAGCAAUAUCUCCUGAUGAAGAAUCUACCAUGUCUCGAGAAGAAGAACCACCGAUAUCCAGAUUUUCUUCGCGUCGCAAGUCGGUCUUCGCGGAGGCCUACGACCCUGAAGAGGACGAGGACGAGGGUGAGAAACUGGUGUAUCCGAAGUCGGACGAACAGAGGUCCAGACUGGCCGAGGCGGUACGUAACAUCCUGCUCUUCCGCUCCCUGGACAAGGAGCAGAUGCAGGACGUUCUGGACGCCAUGUUCGAGAGGAAGGUGGAGGACGGAGAGACAGUCAUCACCCAAGGAGACGACGGCGAUAACUUCUACGUCAUCGAGCACGGCAUCUUCCACGCCCUGGUUGGAGAACCGGGCCAGGAGCCAAAGCACAUACACACCUACGAGCACAGCGGCAGCUUCGGCGAGCUGGCCCUGCUCUACAACAUGCCCAGGGCCGCCACCAUCAAGGCGGUCACGGACGGCGCCCUCUGGGCCAUGGACCGGCAGACUUUCAGACGUAUCUUGCUCAAGUCGGCGUUCAAGAAGAGGAAGAUGUACGAGUCGCUCAUAGAGAGCGUCCCGAUGCUCAGCACCCUGCAGCCCUACGAGAGGAUGAACCUGGCCGACGCGCUUGCGCCGAGGGUUUGCACGCCCGGAGAGAGGAUCAUCAGACAAGGAGACGCUGCUGACGGGAUGUACUUUGUUGAGCUGGGAGUUGUGGUCAUCAAGGUUUACGAUGACAGUGGCAAGGAAGUAGAGAUAAAUAGAAUCAACAAAGGUGGUUAUUUUGGAGAACUUGCUCUGGUUACCCAUAGACCUAGAGCCGCUUCAGCGUACGCAGAAGGAGAUGUCAAGUUAGCAUUUCUAGAUGUGGAGGCGUUCGAGAGAUUACUGGGGCCAUGUAUGCAACUGAUGAAGCGCAAUAUCAAUGAUUACGAAGAACAAUUGCUCAAAAUAUUUGGCUCAAAGCAAAACAUGCGAGAUAUCCGAUGAAGUGGGAAAACGUCCCACAAAACUCCUGUGGUUCAGAAAAUCCCCCUUUUAUGUUAAUUUUCAAAAUGGAAUUUAAACGUUGCACAUCUCUGGUGUUUGCACCGUGGAUGUGCACGAUAGUAGAUACCUAAGUCAAAUAACAAAAAAAAAAGUACACACAAAGAAAAAGCGCCAAAAAAAUUUACGGGGUGGAAGUUCGCUAGUCAUGUGUAUAUAAACAUAUAUAAAUAUAUAAAUACAAAACAAAUAUUAUAUUGAUGAACACGAACCGAACGCUUUGUUGUAAUGUCAUUCCUGGAUUGUUGGGACUACGUUGUGUCGAUGUAUGGAGGAGCCCCCCUUACUGCUGGACAGUGUGUGUGUAAUCCUCCCUCACUUAUAAUUGUGCGCCAUUGUGUACUCAGUCGCAUGUUGUGUCAUAUUUCCAAAUCACCGAUAAGUGGCUAUUCCCUCUUUGAUGUUGGAUAAUUGUUUUGUUUUUUUAUUUAAUUCCAAAGUUACUGUGUUCUUUUUUACGUGUUUGUUUUGAACAGUUAUUUAUUUCGCCGAAACCUUCAGACUUGAUCAAUUCUUCUUAUUCACACCUCGAAAAUUACAUUUUAGCUAUUAAAGUUAUCAUUGUGACUAUUUGUCGUUUAUUAGUGAAUUAGGAACGGCAGAAUACAUGUAUAAUUUUUUUUCGAGAUUUUAAUUGUUAUGGACUCCGAUCAGUUGUUAUAUUUUGCACCAGAAAAAUUGAAGGGUGAUGCGUGUGUGCCUUUUCAAAAAAUAUCCAGUAAUUUGGUCGAGUAUGAUAGUAAUCGGUGAGGAAUAAAAAAAAAAUUGUGGUUGUCGGAAUGACAAUUUGAUAUCGAGACACGAAUUGCUUCAAGUAGGAUUUUGUAGAGCACCAAGGCAUUCAUCACUGAGAAUCCCUUCAAGGUUCCACCUAGACGUACUACGUUCUAGUAGUUAAAAAAAAAAUUAUUGUAUUUUAUUAGGAUAGGGCUUUGGGAUAUUCAAAUCUAGGUUCAGGUCAUGAAAUUGUUUUUUUUUUUUUGUUUUGUAAAUUUAGAACAAACACGUGAAAACAUUAUGUUAACUGUAAUUCUAGGAUCUUACGGCAAGUACCUAACUUGGCUAAUGCGCAAAGUUAACGAUCAACUUUUCCGAACUUCAAAUAUCUCUGUACUGAAUGUGAAUAGUUAGUUUACAUAUUAAGCAUUAUUCUGUCCAUUGUUUUUAGUUUUCUGUUCAAUUUUAUCAAUUUUACAAAUUUGUACUAGUACAAAUAAUAGAGUUUAUUUUUCAUUUAUUUAUUUACUUUGUUGUUUUAUUGUUACAAUGAGAUAUGUGUAAGAGAUUUGAGUUUUCUCUUCUCUCCGAAAAUUUUUAUAGUGUUUAGUUUACUGUUGAAACAUUAACUUUUUUUAUUGGUAUUGAGUGAUUCGGAUUGUUAUCGAACAACUUAAGAUAAAUUUCAGCCAGCGGUCAGUGUUGAUUCAGUUCCUAUCGAAGGAAUUUUUAUCUUCCAAAAAUUUCUUCGGUUUUUUGCUCAAUAUAUAGUGCCAGAACUUGUUAAAUACGCUUUCUUCAUAAUUUUUUCAUUAAAUGGAAAAAUAGUCUAUUUGACAGUAUAAAUAUGUUUUCCCAUUCAAUGACAUCCUCAUAGAUUGGACUUCUGAGAACGAUAAUUAUGAAUUUGAAGAAAAAAAGUAUGAAUACUAUUUAAUAAUAAGUUUAAUACCUUCAUCGAAGUGAUCUUCACAAAAGAAAACGGUUGAAUCAGUAAUGAAAACAAACACUUUAAUAUAUGGCACUUAAUUGUUUUUGGUUCCAAUUGACGUCACUGAUGACGUCAUGUUGAGCGAAAUUGCAUUUUUUGCGUCCUCUGGGUUUUACUCAUUUGAUUGCCAUUUUUUUCGAGAAAUAUUUAUAUGUGCCUAAGGAACAUCACUAAAUAAUUUGAAAAACUUGUCAAAUAGCCUAUCAUUUUGUUCAAACAUUUCCAUAAUAAGUGAUAAAAAGAAUUAUUUCAGCUUUUGCAGAAAUACAAGAUGUAAUAACUAUUUUAUGUUUUAUAUUUAUAUUUGCUAUUCUUGCUGAAAUUUUUAAUACUGGGGGUGGGAUUGUAUUUUUAUAUUAAUAGCAGAAAAGUAUGUAAAUAUGCUAUCGAGGACUUGAUAGAAAAAAAUAUUUUCUGAUAUAGAUGAAAUGUAAAGAUUGAGGUUAGGUAUUUCUAUCAAGUAACGGCCAAUUCAUUCCAAUUAUCUCGAAUCACUCAAUAGUUAGGUUGUUUACAGCAUAUUUAUUUAAUUUAUUAUAAUGCUUUUACGAUUUAUUUGCUCAUUUUCAAUUUGUUCCUUGAGAUUGUACCCGCAGCACUGAAAAUCUCAUUCAAAUGAAGAAAGGCUGAAUCUUAGCAGUAACAAUUCAAUAAUCAAGUUUCAUCUUACGCAUGGAUUUUUCUCUUUAGAGGUUUAAUGCGAAAAGACUAAAUGUUCAUAAUCGAUUGAACUCCAAUGGAAAUUUUGAAAGUACUUGCAGUGUUACUCAUAUCACAUAAUUAAGGUUAAGGUGCAGUAUUCAAUAACAGUCUUAUUUUUAAGAUGAGUAUUAUAUUUCCGGAGGAAUUUGUUAGGCCCAUUUUAGGUUUAGAGGCUAGAGGGAUAUAUUUUAGAAAGGGGACGAAAGUGGGCUUGUUUUGGAAAUUACAGGGUAAUAAUCAUACUAGAACGCUGAAGUAAGCAUGCUCUUGUCCAUGGGAUUUUUCAAUUAGUGUUUCGACAACAAAGUCAUCAUAAGGUUGGUAAAAUACAAAAACAUGUAAAAUGGUUAUGGUACUGCCCAUUCUUCACACUUCUGUUAAUCAAAAUAAGUUGAAUCGUUAUUGAGCAAAUCAUCAUCCUCUAAACGUUUUUUGAAAAAUUUUUAAAAGUUUUUAACUUUAUUAAUAAUCUGUGUUUUCUGAUGACAACUUUGUUGUCAAAAGCUAAUCAAAAAAAGUGUGGUUACUUCAGUCAUCAAGUAUAGAACCGAGUCCAAAAAGAACUCGAUUUAUUCCAUAUUUUUAGAUUAUACUUUGAAUUAUUUUGUAACCACCUGUGAGUGAACACUAGCUCUUCGGAAAGGUUAAUCGAAGAUCAGUUUUGGAUAUAAACUGAGUUUAAGUAGUUUUCCCAGAGUAUUAGAAACUUCCAGGGUCUUACAACUUCCUCUUGAAUAAAUGUUAGAUAAUAAAUAGAUGUGGUCUUAAGUAGGGGCUUGUCUGUUAACUGUUCUCAAAAAAAAUGUAGUUCACUGGUUUUAUGUGUUGUUUGUAAAUUUGGAUGUUUAUUGUAACGAUUACAUCUUUCCCUUCAACCGAUAGCACAAUUCAUAUUAAACGCUUAAAAAAAAUAGUUAUAAAAGACUAGUCACUACAAUACAUUUAUACUUGAUCUUGAGUUUUACGGAAUUGAAGAUGGUAGAUUUUUCGAAUUAAAAAGACUGCCUCGAUAUUUCAAAUUGACGAAUUUAUUUUCUGGCAUAUUGUAAUAGUUGAAACUUCCAUGGAUAUAUUGCCCCCAUAUUUUAGGAGCUGUGAAAAAAAUUAUAUAGGCACAAUUGACGAUUGAACUUUGUUAGUUCAAUUGAUUGUUAAUCAGGUUAUUCAGACUUCAUCGUGGAUAAAAUGAAAAUUACUCAAGUUCGGAGUAAGUCUCGAUUGCUGGUAAAUGAAGAGAUUUUUUUAAGUGGCUCAUGAUGACUCUCAAUAACCCGAUAAAUGUUAGCACAAUUAGUAAUGUAAUAAAGUGGUCAUUCAAAUUGUCACAAAUAUUGAAAAGAUUAGGUUCACAUAUCACAACAACCGAAGUAAUUUCUUACUGGACCAAAUGAAAUCGGUGAUAAAAUUUAAAUCUAUCCAUUAAGAUUUUUUUUUUGUAUAUGUAUUGUUUAUUGUAAGUCCAGGUAGUUGCCCUGAAAGCUUUGAAUUGUGCUUUUUCUAUCAUAGGACUCCACACUUGAUAAUUGCCUUUUACUAUACAUACCUAUUAUACAGAUAUUUUAGAAUCUCAUCUAUUUAUUCACUGGAAGAAAUUGUUGAAAUUAAAUGUUGCCAUUUCACAAAAUGCCAUAUUCUAAACUUACAGAGCUAAAUAAAUCUUCUUAUAAUGUACUGCUUCCACAAAUAUGACUAAAUGAGCUUAUUGAAUAA